GGGACAUCGGAAAAUGGCGUGGAUCAAGAAAUGGUGGAGGAUCACGGGGUUGUUUGUUCACAUUCAAAGUUUGAGGAUUCUGUGAUUGUGGAGUCUAUCUCCUCUCACAUAUUCCAAGAAGACUUAUUUUUGAAUGGAUAUCUUUCUUCUCCUAUUGGGCUUAUCUCUUCUAGUGAGACUAAAUACAUGAAUAGGGAUAUUGUCAUUUUGAAGGACGACGAUCUUGAGGGUAUGUUCAAGAAAUCCGGGGAAGAGAGGAGUAAUGUUGAGGAAAUCAUGCAAGUUACACCUAUUCAAGUCUCGUUUCCCGAGCAAAGCCAACAUAAAGCAAUCAAGGGUGGUUCUCAAUUGGGUUUUGAAGAUGCUUCAGAUGGGGAGCCUUCGGAAUAUGAUUCAGAUCAAGAGUUGUUUGCCCCAACUAUAAAAAGGCUUCUCAUAUUAGAAGAAGCACUCGACUCAGGGGCAGACCCAGGAAAUUGAUAUUGAGGGGGCGGUAAUUUAAAAAAAAAAUCUAGGCACUUAUUAUUAUAAGUUAUAACCUUAAUAUAAUAGUAAUUAAAUGAAGUAUUAAACAAUAAGCAAAAAUUAGAAGAAGAGACAAAUAUAUUAUUACACAAUAAUAAAGUUAGUACCUUAGAGUUGUGCCCGACGCUCCUUCAACGAGAUAAAUUCCUCAAUCACGGCCUUUGAGUCAAAACUUUUAGCAAUUUCUCUUUCAAUAUAAACAACAAGGUUGUCUGCAAGAUACUCAUCCUCCAUUUUAUUGUAAAGCCUUGUUUUUAUAAUUUGCAUUGCUGAAAAAGCCCUUUCUGUUGUUGCUGUCAAAAUCGGUAGAGUCAUCAAAACCAGAUCAAUCUAUCAAUAAGAAAGUACAUUUUUGACAUAUCUGUCUCUGCUAAUCCUUGACAUAGUUCACCCAUUGUAGACAAAUUCGCC